AUCCCAAAGGACUGGCUGUUUUACCUGGAGAGCCACCUUAUCCUACGGAUCUGCUUUUUAAUAAGGGGAACAGAGAUUCUCUAUUCUUCCAGCACCGUUCUUUUAUUAUGGUUACCCUAUUUUGAAGGAUAUACUGCAGUAUCAGGAGAUCAUUAAUCCUUUGCUAAGAUACUUUCAAUACAUUACCUAGUGGUUUGGAAAACUGGCUACAAUCAAGCGUGUGGAUGAGCUAACUGCAUUAGAUUUUUUUGGGGGUGUCCAGUUAGUAACAUCUGACAGAGGAUCUCUGAUCCAGAAGAACAACUGUGGAAUAAUCCAACAUGAUGCUUGUAUUUUGGGUGCGUUUGCUAUAAAGAAUAAGGGUUUCCUGCAUUAUAAGAACUGGGUUAUUUAAGACAAGGAGCUUUCUAUGAGAACUCAAGUCUGGAUUACAGCUAACAGUAGAAUAUCUGCAGUAUGUGUAUUGCCUGUACCCUAAGGUCUGAGUGUUUUAAGGAUAUGACUGCAUUAGGCUGAAUCCUAAUCUAAAUCACAAGGAUUUCCCUUCAUCCUUGAUAAUAAUUCUGUAUAUAAGGACUGUGUUUACCAGAUAAGUGCUAGGGCACCCAUCUACCUUAACAGAUUUUUUUUCUGUAUAAGACUUUCUAUUUUUAUUAGACAUUGCAUUACAAUGCCAGGCAACCCUUUUAAUCCUUAACCACUCUCCCUAAUUGACCCCCUCCUUUUUAAUCCGGUGGAUUGCUGACCUUAAACAAGUACUUCCAGUUAUAUAGCCUUUGUAAAAAGAACAUCAAAUCCGGAGGCUCUUUUCUUGUGUGGAUGCAAUGAAACCUCAGGUUUCCCCUUUUGUUGCAUUAUGAGCAAAGGAAUUCAUAUGGUUUGGGGUUUCUAGUGUCUGCAUGAUAAGGUUCUGUAAAGGCCAUCCAGCAUCCAGUGUGUAGGGUUUUAGUGUUAAGUUCUGCUUACUUUACAGCUUUUUUGAUGGAAUCCAUGCCGAGGGGCAAAGGAAUGUCUCAUCAGAUAUGCUUUCUGAAUGUGUCUGGGAAACCUCAGCCUUACAAUUGUCACUGAUCUGGAAAAUCCCACAUGAUUCUGCGGGGAGUUUCUUUUAAUUCUCGAAAAUAUCUCUAGUAUUUUUCCAUUGCCACAAAAAAGUAAACAAAAAAGGAAAAAAACACUGUGAAUUUCUAUUUUAUAUGGUUUGUUUGAGAUCAAAUUUAGGAUGUAUGAGAACGUGGAUGUUCCUGGCUUGGGCACCAGCCCAACACACUACCAUAUGAUGGAUUUUUAUAGUCAGAAUCGGGCCUGUUUAAUGCAGGAGAAAGGAAUUGGAACCCUACAUUCAUAUGGGACCCCACUCAGAAGCCAACACUGGAGCAAUUCAAAUCACUCAAUCGAGACUCAAAGCACCAGUUCAGAAGAAAUCGUCCCAAGUCCCCCUUCUCCUCCUCCUCUCCCACGGGUCUAUAAACCUUGCUUUGUCUGUCAGGACAAGAGCUCAGGGUAUCACUAUGGAGUCAGCGCUUGUGAAGGGUGCAAGGGCUUUUUCCGGCGCAGUAUACAAAAGAACAUGGUGUAUACAUGUCACAGAGACAAGAACUGCAUCAUAAACAAGGUGACACGGAACCGCUGCCAGUACUGUCGGCUGCAGAAGUGCUUUGAGGUCGGCAUGUCCAAAGAAUCUGUUCGAAAUGACCGCAACAAAAAGAAGAAGGAGAGUCCAAAACCUGAAGUGAUGGAGAGCUAUAUAUUGAGUCCAGAGACUGAAGAUCUGAUUGAGAAAGUUCGAAAAGCCCAUAAGGAAACCUUUCCUUCACUGUGCCAGCUGGGCAAAUACACUACAAAUUUCAGCUCGGAGCAGCGUGUCUCUUUGGAUAUUGACCUCUGGGACAAAUUCAGUGAACUCUCCACCAAAUGCAUCAUCAAGACUGUGGAAUUUGCCAAACAGUUGCCAGGAUUCACCACUCUAACCAUUGCUGAUCAGAUCACCCUCCUUAAAGCCGCCUGCCUAGAUAUCCUUAUGCUGCGAAUUUGCACACGUUAUACGCCUGACCAGGACACCAUGACAUUCUCAGAUGGGCUUACCCUAAACCGCACACAGAUGCACAAUGCUGGUUUUGGGCCACUCACCGAUCUUGUGUUCGCUUUUGCGGGUCAGCUGCUUCCGCUUGAAAUGGAUGAUGCAGAAACUGGCCUACUCAGUGCUAUUUGCCUCAUCUGUGGAGACCGACAGGACUUAGAACAGCCAGAUAAAGUUGACAAGCUACAAGAGCCUCUGCUGGAAGCACUGAAGGUUUACGUCAGAAGAAGGCGACCCAAGAAACCCCACAUGUUCCCCAAAAUGCUGAUGAAGAUCACAGAUUUGCGCAGUAUUAGUGCCAAGGGCGCAGAACGAGUGAUUACCCUGAAGAUGGAGAUUCCAGGGUCCAUGCCACCCCUCAUCCAGGAGAUGCUGGAAAACUCAGAGGGGCUGGACACAUUAGGAGAAGCAACCCCUAGCCUGCCACCACCCACUCCUGUUCCUCCUGGGAGUUGCAGUCCUAGCCUCUCCCCCAGCUCCAGUCACAGUAGUCCCUCUACACACUCACCCUGACCCUUUCCUGUGGGCAUUGGGGCAACAAGGCACAGAGACUUACCAGCUCACGCACAGCCUUCUCCCCGUUACCCUUUUUCUCUUACUUUCUCCAUUUCCCAUGCCUUUUAUCUCUUUCACUUUGCUCUACUUUUUCUCUCUCUAUCUUUCUCUCCCUCAUCCUCUCACUUUCUUCUCUUUUGGGGCUCUAUGAUAACAGCCACUUACUGUGCAGACCUCUACCCUGGAACACAGUCUCUGUAAGAGAGAAAAGUGAUGAGAUGUGGGUGUGCAUCUAUACUCCACUGCCUCCUUCAAAUGAAACUUUGUGCCUCUGGAUGGCCCUCUCUCCUCUCCCACUGGAUUGAGAAUGGACUGAUAAAGACUUUUAUAUAAAAGACAGAUAUUAUCUCACAUGAAGAGGGGGAGUGGAAAUAUUCAAAUCAGGAGGUAAAACUUAUGAACCCUCUUGGCGUGAGGAAGAUUUCAGCUUUCUCCUCCCAAUUAACACCUAUUUCUGCACCUGAAGCACUCUGCUGUAUUAACUUCUGCACCAACUUUAAAUGCAAUUUUUAUAUAACUAAAUCCGAAUCGGAUGACCCAAAAACUUUAAAUGGAUUGGCACAUAUGCACACGUACACACACACACACACACACACACAAUAUUAAUUAACAAAUUGCGUAAUCAGAAGAUCUGCUAGUUGCUCAUAUCAUUAUAGGGGUUGCUCAGUUUAUGCCCUAAAUUAGGUAUUUGCAAUAGCAACGUGCUUUCAGUAGCAGAGUGUUUUCUAAGCCUGAUUGAGGAGAUAUUGGAGAGACUGAAGAUGUUGUGGGUGAAACCCACCUUGAAGCAAAGAAAUCAGGGAAUUUAUUUUCUCCUUGAACAUUCAGGGGUCACUAAGGGACUGACCUUAACCUCCUUGUCUGCCAGAAUAUCUUAUGGCUAAUUGCAAAGCAACAAGUUUUAUGCUUCUUGGCAGACAAUGGGUUUUUACUUUACCACUUGAUGGGGUAAUGUCUUGUGAUUUUUGCAUUUCAUCAACCAGCUACACAGAUUUCCCCAUUUUCUCUAACCACUAGACAGCUGUGAAAUUCCCUCCUCUUUACCUCCCACUGGACUCUGUUUUCACGCCUUUACACACCAGCAACAACAAAAGUGUUUUCAGUUUGAGGGUUCUUUUUUCAAGGUUAAAUAAAAAAAAAUAAAAAAAAUAAAAAGAAAAUUGGAAUAAAAUAAGAAAGUUUUUUAUGUGAAAGGAUUUUUUUGUUUGUUUUAUCUUUGAAGGUUUUUUUCUCGAGUUUCUUGUCUACCUUCUGCACAGACGUUUAUAUUAAAACAAACUCAUUUCUGUUUGA